AUGGCGGACGCGGUAAAGGAUGCCGUCAGCUCGGCUGUCGAGGGCGUGAAGAAUCUUGCAGUGUCUGGCGAGCAGAAAGCCCAACAAAAGGAGAACAAGGCCCCGAAAGCAAAAAAAGAGAAGAAGAAGGGAGAUUCGGGAGAUGGACGUCCCUUGAUGCUCGAUCCUGCGCCCGCCUUUAUCGACCACCGCAUUCAGAUCUUCGAGAAGCUCAAGGCGAAGUAUGACGAAGAGAUAGCCCAGAAGCCCCGCGAUGGGAAGAACAUAGAAGGAGAAUCAUGGGUCACCAGUCCAGCCGAUAUCGCACGCAACAUCGCGAAGAGCCUAUUCGAGCGCACCGUCGUCGCACGCCUGGACAAAGGCACGCCCGAGGAAACACUGUGGGAUCUCGAGCGACCAUUGGAGAAGAGCUGCAAGCUAGAGCUCUUGCCAUUCGACGACCCGGAGGGUAAGAAGGUCUUCUGGCACUCGAGCGCACAUAUCCUGGGAGAGGCAUCCGAGCGCCGAUUCGGUUGCGAUCUCUGCAUUGGCCCUCCCAUUGAGGAUGGUUUCUACUAUGAAAUGGCCCUUCCAGAUAACGCGGCAGUUGAUCCUGCCGAUCACAAGCCGCUCGAGACCAUUGUCAGCAGCAUUGUCAAGGAGAAGCAACCCUUCGAGCGCCUGACACUGUCAAAGGAUGAUCUACUUGAAAUGUUCAAGUCGAACAAGUACAAGCAGCACAUCAUCAAGGACAAGAUUGCCGACGGCACCUUCACAACCGUAUACCGCAACGGACCACUUAUCGAUCUCUGCCGCGGACCACACGUACCACACACUGGCCGGAUAAAGCAGUUCAAGGUCAUGAAGAACUCGGCCUCAUACUUCUUGGGAGACGCCAAGAACGACAGCUUACAGCGUAUUUAUGGUGUCUCCUUCCCCGACAAGGAUGCCAUGCAGGCGCAUCUCAAAUUUCUCGAAGAGGCUGCCAAACGUGACCACCGCAAGAUUGGAAAGGAACAAGAACUCUUCUUCUUCCACGAGUUUAGUCCUGGCUCUUGUUUCUUCCUCCCACACGGCCAAAUUAUUUACAAUACACUACAAGCCUUUUUGCGUGAAGAGUACUGGAACCGCGGAUAUCAAGAAGUUGGAUCACCAAACAUGUACAACUCCGCGUUGUGGAAGAUUUCUGGCCACUGGCAGCAUUACGCUGAUGACAUGUUCACCUUUGAUGUAGAGAAGGAGAAGUGGGCUUUGAAACCAAUGAACUGCCCCGGUCACUGUCUGAUUUUCAAGCAUCGCGAGCGAAGCUACAGGGAAUUGCCAAUUCGUAUGGCCGACUUCGGUAUCCUGCACCGAAACGAAGCCAGCGGUGCACUCACAGGUCUUACCCGAGUGCGAAGAUUCCAACAGGACGAUACUCACGUUUUCUGUACCCAGGAUCAGAUCACAGAGGAAAUCUCCGCGCUAUUUGAUUUCUUAAGGGCAGUAUACGGAAAGUUUGGCUUUACUUUCAAGAUGAAGCUGAGCACUCGUCCUGAGGGCUUCCUCGGAGACAUCGAGACUUGGGAUAAGGCGGAAGCGAAGCUGACUGAGGCCUUGAACCAGUUCACUGCCGCAGGUGGCAGCGCUUGGGAGCUAAAUCCUGGUGAUGGAGCCUUCUAUGGACCCAAGAUUGACAUCACCAUCUCUGAUGCCCUCAAGCGAGAGUUCCAGUGCGCCACUAUUCAGCUUGACUUCCAGCUUCCGAACCAAUUCGAGCUUGAGUACAUGACAUCUGAGGUCAUACCUGUCAAGAACAAGGAUCAACCACAAGAAGGUGGACAUAUCGAGCAGAAGAAGGAGAAGCUGGAAGGUGCCGAUGUCACUAUUCCCAAGAAGAUCAAGGAACCACAACCAGGCUACGCUCGCCCUGUCAUGAUUCACCGCGCCAUCUAUGGUUCCUUUGAGCGUUUCAUUGCUAUCCUUACAGAGCACUUUGCCGGCCGUUGGCCUUUCUGGCUAUCUCCCCGUCAAGUCAUGGUCAUCCCCGUCAUGCCUGGUGCGAACGACUAUGUCAAAGAAGUGCAAGCCGAGCUCCGCAAGCACCGUCUCCACGCCGACAUUGACAUUAGCGGUAACACUAUGCAGAAGAAGAUCCGCACUGCCCAACUCGCCCUCUACAACUUCAUCAUGGUCGUUGGUGCCGAGGAACAACAGGCGAGGGCUGUCAACUGGAGGAACCGUGACGAUCAGGAGACUCAACAGCGUGGCGUCAUUGUACCGCUUGAUGAAGCCGUGAAGAAACUGGUCGAGUUGAGGGACGAGCGCAGGUUUGAGAACAAGGUCUAAGGUCGUGUGGAAUAAAAAGACUAGGAUGCACUAGGAACGUACGAUAAAUGAGACAUGAUUUGAUGAGGUAAAAGUAUGGGAAAUGGCAUGUGCGUAGCUUUGUAGAAAGCAUCUUACAGACGGGGUCAGGGAAGUGUUACAGAACAUGGCCAAGGAGCUAAGUUGAUCAUCUUGAAGCGAAUGCCGCUCAUGGAACAAGUGAAUGAGAUGACAGUGUGUGAACAAUAUGUGUCGUGUGUGGCGAUUGCUCGCAGAAGAACCGAUAUCCCAACGCCCUGCAAAGCCUAUUUGCCCAACGCCGUUUUCAAUAAAACCUAUACCAAUAGAACCCGUCUGAAAGCAAAAACUCCAUUUGAAAAAAAA